AUGUCAAUUCGGCAUCCCAGAAACCAUUACCAAAAUCAAGGGUCGGUUUUUCUGGGACAAAAGAUGCAAGAGUUUUCCACCGAAACGGGUUUCGGGUUAGUCACUUCCACACCUUAUUAUGCACAAGCAAAUGGCCAGGUCGAAGCGGCCAACAAAGUGAUAUUAAGUCUAAUCAGAAAACAUGUUUCCAAAAAGCCGAAAAAUUGGCACAAGACUUUGGACCAAAUCCUAUGGGCUUGUCGAACGUCUCCAAAAGAGGCAACAAAUUCGACGCCUUUUCGACUAACAUUUGGGCACGAUGCCAUAUUACCAGUAGAAAUUUGUUUGCAGUCCGUCAGAGUACAACGCCAGAACGAUCUUCAGUUGGAAGAAUAUUGGGAGCUGAUGUUUGACGAACUGGUUGAUUUGGACGAAGAAAGAUUGGCUCCGAUGGAAACACUGGCACGACAGAAAGAACGCGUGGUUAAAGUAUACAACAGAAGGGUAAAAGCAAAAACAUUUGCAGUGGAUGGUUACGUUUGGAAAGUGAUCUUGCCUAUGGAUCGAAGAGAUCAAACUUUAGGAAAAUGGUCUCCAAAAUGGGAGGGACCAUUUCAGAUAAUUUGA